UGACUAUCACAAGAAACAGAAUGCCCUCAGAGCACUUCAAAAGAAAGCUCUGGACAAGAAUCCUGAUGAGUUCUACUUUAAAAUGAUACGUGCAGAGCUCCAGGAUGGAGUUCAUAUAAUAAAGCAGCCAAAGGAUGAAGUGACCCCCGAACAGGUGAAAUUGAUGAGGACACAGGAUAUUAAAUAUGUGGAAAUGAAGAGAGUGGCAGAAGCCAAGAAAAUCGAGAGGCUGAAGUCUGAGCUCCAUCUGCUGGAUGCAGAGGGGAAGAAUCCCAACAAGCACAUGUUCUUUUUUGAUACCAAAAAAGAAGUUCAGGAGUUUGAUAUUGCAACUCAUCUGGACACUGUUCCAGAGCUCGUAGAUAGAGUGUACAACCGACCAACCAUUGCAACGCUGCAGAAAGAGACGCUGAAAGGAGCUACUGAUCCUGCCCAUUUAAAGAAAUUAGCCCAGCAAAGGAAGAAUCAAUAUGACCUCCUGAAGCAGCGCAUUGAAAGAGAAAAGGCCAUGUUUGUUAUUGCACAGAAAAUCCAGACACGUAAAGAUCUUUUGGACAAAGCUCAUAAAGUAAAGGUGAAGAAAGAGACAACAAAUGGUCCAGCAAUUUACAAAUUCAAAUUUCAGCGGAAACGUUAG